AUGUCUUGCCACUCUUAUCAUGCUGGCUCUGGAUGUGACCAAAAGAACUUCAGCUCCUACUCAGAGGUUUGGCCUCAAAAUGUAGGCCACUCACAACUGGACAGCAAUGUUUGCUGUCCUAUCGGCAUUGGAAUAUGUUACGGAGGAGCAGGCAGCUUUAGCAGUAGGAGCGUUGGCUCCUAUGGAACAAAGCUUGCUCACCGCCCCCCUGCAAAUGCGUAUCACAGUGGUGUCAGUGUUGCAAAUAGCUGCUGUGGCACUGACUACAGCUACAGGAGUGCUGGAGUCGUUGCUCCCGGUACACUGCGAAUUGCACCUGUGAUUUGCAAUGAGUCGCUGCUGCAGCCUCUCGACCUGAAGAUUGACACUACAGCCUUAGCGGUGAAGUGCCAGGCGAAGAAUGAGCUCCAGAGCCUCAAUAGCAAGCUGGCCUCUUUCAUCGACAAGGUCCGAUUACUGGAGCAACACAAUCUGGUGCUGAAGACCAAGUGGGACUUUGUCCAAGAAAAGAAACGCUGCAAAAGUAAGAUGGAGCCCCUCUUCAAUGAACAUGCCAGUGUGAUGAAGAAGGAGAUGGAACUUCUCGAAUUGGAGAAAGCCAAGCUGAAGGCCGAACGUAACUCUUUAGGACAAGCCAUGGAAGGCCAUAAAAAGAGGUUUGAAGAGGAAUGUAAUAGGCGAACAUCUACUGAGAAUGAAUUUGUAUUACUUAAAAAGGAUUUGGAUUGUGCUUUUGCACACAAGACAGAGCUGGAAGCCAAGGUGGAAAGUCACAUCAAGCAAAUCAGCUUCUUGAGAUGCAUGUAUGAACAGGAAGUUUCAGAGCUCCAAGAUUCGAUUUCCAACACAUGUGUCAUGUUACAAAUGGAUAACAGUCGAGGCUUGGACAUGGGUGACACCAUUGAGGCGUUCCGGCGUCAGUAUGAAGCCAUUGCAUCCAGAAGCCGAGCUGAGGCUGAGACUUGGUUUCAGUGCCAGUAUCAAGAGCUCAAGACGAUGGCAGCCAGACAUUGUGAUAAUCUGCGUAAUGUCAAAGAAGAGCUUCAGGCUCUGACUCGUGUUGCUCACACACUGGAGUCAGAAAUUGCAAGUAUUAAAGCUCAGCGCUGCAGACUGGAGGAGGAGGUGGCCGCUGCUGAGGAGCGUGGGGAGAUGGCAGUGAAAGAUGCCAAAGGCAAGCUGGCUGAGCUGGAGGAAGCCCUGCACAAGGCCAAGCAGGACAUGGCCUGCCAACUGCGGGAGUACCAGGAGCUGAUGAAUGUCAAGCUGGCCCUGGAUAUUGAGAUCGCCACCUACAGGAAGCUGCUGGAAGGAGAGGAAUGUCGGUGA